GACACCGGCUUGCAGCCGAAACGUUCGGAGUUAGUCGAUGUAGCGUAUACCUACAUUGCGUUCUUUCGUGCUUCAUGCGAGUUUAGAUCUGUUCGAAUCGCUCGAUCAUCGAUUGAUGAUAUUCGAACGAACGUGUGGGAAGAAUCAAUUUUGGUUCUUCUUUUUUGCUGAGGAGAGAUUGAAGUGCCGGUUCCUAUCUUCGAAAAAGGAGAUACUGAACUACUCUCUGGACUUAUGUGUGAGAUAACAGUGCAGUGACGUUAAACCGCGUAAAGAUUAUUAUUUUGCGAGGAUUCGACGAGAAUGUAAUUAUUUGAUUAAUAUCUGUGACAAAUAUAAAAGAUAAGAAGAACAGGGAAAACAUUGUGUCUACGCGAUGUUGCGGUGGCAGUAAAUGAAAAUAUAAAAUAGAUACAUAAAAGAAGAGAAACACUACAAGUGUCUUGAUUGAUAGUGUCACGGUGUCAACAAGUACGAAAAAGAACAUUUCAAGUAUCUUUACGGUAUCACAGUGCCAAAAUGCUUGUCGCUGAGAUGCCGCCCAACUUCAUGAAGAAGAACAAUUAUAGUCACUGUCCAUUAAAGAAGCGGCCGUUUUAUUAUACGUCCGAGGACGAAGAUGAAGCCCCUGAAGUCAAAGACGAGAUAAUUGACGUAGGGGUAGACGAUAUUCCCGAGCCCGAGAAUCUCAGCACGAAGCCUGAAGAUCUCAGGAGAACCGCGGAGAAUCGCCAUCACAAUCACCAACAACAACAGCAACAACAGCAACAACAACAACAACAACAACAACAACAGCAUGAAGAAGAAGAACAACAGGAGCAGCCACAACGCGCCUCAUCCAGAACACCGCCGUCGCCGAUCUCUAAAAUAUCUCUCGCGCCAUUAACGAUAGAGCCAUCCUCGCCGACGACUCAUCACUCGGUGUACAUCCAUACACCAUCGCUGCAUCAUUAUCACCAUCACUAUCCGACCAAGACUAUCACGCCGCCGGCGGGUAUCGCGCCGAUUCAUCCGGUCGCGAAGAAAGGGCGAGUCGAGGUGAUCCAGCACAAUGACAGCUCUACGUCGGCGACGCCGACGGCAGGUCUAACGGCGACGUCGGCAUCGCUGCACUUUAUGGCGAGCAAGGCACCCUUGGAACCGUUGAAUCUGAAUACGCCGAUGGAACCGUUGGCCCACUACGCCACUGCGCCCUGGGCCCGAGCGGCUCCUUUAUAUCCGCCGCAUUAUCUGCCGUAUCACCCGCCUACCUAUCAUCGCUAUCCCGGAGCAGAAUUGUAUCCGUCGUAUCCAGUAUCGGGAUAUCCACACUCGUCUCCCGAACAUCAUCCGUCAUCAAUUUCGCCACCGCCACACGGCGCGUUGACCUGUCCGACCAUUCAACGGCCCAUCGUCAGGAGCUACCACUGGAGCAGUCCGGAUCACUGUGGUUUGUCACCCACAAGUUCCGUGGGUUCCGGUUCAUUGCGGUCACCUCCACCAGUCACCCCGGAAGACCUGUCCUCGUCACCCAGCAGCGACAGCGGCAGAUCUUCCGCGGGCAGCACCUCUGCCGGGCCUACGCUCGUGAACACGAAGCUGGAGAAAAGCAGUCCGAGCGUGAACAACGCGUCUUCGAGCACGACGUCGCCCAGGUACUCGUGCAAAGACUGCAACAAGUCGUACUCGACGUACUCGGGUUUGUCAAAGCACCAGCAGUUUCACUGCGCGGUCGCCCAGGGCCAGGCGAAGAAAUCCUUCUCGUGCAAAUACUGUCAGAAGGUGUACGUCAGUCUGGGUGCGCUUAAGAUGCACAUUCGGACGCAUACGCUGCCGUGCAAGUGCCAUACGUGCGGUAAGGCGUUCUCCAGGCCGUGGCUCCUUCAAGGUCAUAUCCGGACGCACACCGGAGAGAAGCCGUUCAGCUGUCAGCAUUGCAACCGCGCGUUUGCCGACAGGAGCAAUCUCAGGGCCCAUCUGCAGACUCAUAGCGAGGUCAAGAAGUACUGCUGCGACGGUUGUAGCAAAACCUUCAGCAGGAUGUCGCUGCUCACGAAGCAUCAGGAGGGCGGUUGUCCUGGCGUUCCGGUAUCAGUCAGUUAUCCUUGCUAAGAUUCAAAGUUUGCGCGAUCCCACGACACCACGGAAACGAACGUACGUUUCAAUCCCACGGUCUCAAAGUGCCUUAAAAUGCAGUACAAACGCGACGAGAUAUAGUGCAGUCCGGUAUUUUUUUUUUUCGAUGAACCGCUUUCGCGGAAUAUCGUCGUUGAUUAAUCCUUUCGCCAUCGAAUUGUUUCCAUCCGGAAAGUGAGCAUAAAAUUUGAAAAAGAAUUAGGAUUUUAUUUCGAGAAAAGGAUACUUUAGAUAUGUACUACACUUGGAGUUAAUUCGGGGAAAAAUUAAUUACAAGUGAUUUUUUACUAUUUUGUUUAACUUGCGGAGAAAGGAUUAAUUUGCACGCACUUCAAAAUUUAUAUCAAAUCCGCGUCAUUGCGAAAUUGAAUCCUCAAAUAAGUAGCUCGAAACGUUUGAUGAAAAUUGAUUUCGUUUGUUCAUCUUUACUCUUCGUUGUAAAUAUCGGUUUACAAGUGUGUGUAACAAACAUGCAGUGACUCAUAAAAAAUUAUAUUUCUUCUCAAUUUUUGACUUCAAAUUUCUAGGAAAGUGUACAAAUGUUUAAUAAAUUUUAUAAAAUGUCCAAAGCCCCCUCAU